AUGAAGAGCACAGUGAGCGUGAGGACCACAGUGAGCAUGAGGAGCACAGUGAGCGUGAAGAGAAAUGUGAGCAUGAAGAGUACAGCAAUAGUUACCAUGAAGAGCACAGUGAGCAUGAAGAGCAUAGUUAGCGUAAAGAGCACAGUAAGCAUGAAGAGCACAGUGAGCAUGAGGAGCUCAGAGAGCAUGAGGAGCACAGUGAGGUGUGAAGAGAACAGUGAGCAUGAAGAUAAGCAUGAAGAGCACAGUGAGCAUGAGGAGCUCAGUGAGCAUGAGGAGCACAGUGAGCGUAAAGAGCACAGUAAGCAUGAAGAGCACAGUGAGCAUGAGGAGCACAGUGAGCGUGAAGAGAUCAGGGAGCAUGAAGAGUACAAUGAGCAUGAAGAGCACAAGUACAGUGACCAUGAAGAUCACAGUGAGCAUGAAGACCUUAGUGAUCAUGAGGAGCACAGUGAGCAUGACGAGCAUAGUGAGCGUGAAGAGCACAAUGACAAUGAUGAGCAUAGUGAGCAUUAA